AUGGAUUUGGCCAACAUCCAUUUGGCCCACAUUUUUCAACUGGAAGAUGAUUUACGAGCCGGUCCAAUUGAUCACUUUAAUAAUGCAGCGUUGCGGUUUUUUCGAGAAGCACUGCCUGGAUUGCGCAUUUUUAUACCGGGCAAUUUUGCGCCGCCCGCGCAACGUAAGAUUUUAAUUUUUUCGAAAAAAAAUAUGAAAAGCUUGAGAAACACUGGAAACAAUACUUUCUAAUAAAAGUUAUUGAAUUUUUCAAAUUUCGCAGAAUAUGUCCAAUAGAGCGCUCUUGAUAAAAAUCCGAGAAAAAUUCAAAUUUCCCAGUUUCCCGGCUCAUUCUCAAUGGAGCGCACUUGAAUAUUUUCCACUGAAAAAUUGACAAGGAGAGCUCAAAUUAGACGAAUUUUUUGAAUUUGCCGAAUUUCGCAGAAUAUGUCCAAUAGAGCGCACUUGAAAAACAUCCGAGAAAAAUUUGAAUUUCCAAAGUUUCCCGGCUCAUUCUCAAUGGAGCGCACUUGAAUGUUUUUAAUAAAAAUUAAGGGGAAGAACUAUAGUUGGUCAACGACUAGACUCAAGUCGAUAAUUAUCGACUUUUAGUCGAGUCGAUAAGAGAAAAUAAACGACUCGGCUAACGACUAAGUCGUUUAGUCGAUAAGCCAAGUCGAUAAGCUAUCGACUAAAGUCGAGUCGAUAGCCUUUUUAUCGACUCGGUUCGACUAAGAAAUUUUUUUUUUGAAUUUUCAGAAAUUGAUUUAAAUUUCUGAAAUUGAUGGACGGGGGGUUUUCGGCUCCGUGGAGCAUCAUGGUGAUAAUGAUAUGACACGAAAAUACGCGUAUCACCUCUUAUCAGUGAUUAUCAGUGAAAUCUCAAAAUUAUCAGUUUGAGCUGGGAGUUGGAGGAAAUGAUGUUUGGCGAUAGUAGAUGACAAUUUUGAUAAGUUUAGAGCUCCAGCUUCAUCUCAGAAGCUCUUAUCAGUCCUUAUCACUAAUUCAUCAAUAUGCUCAGAUUUGGCUGAAACUUGGAAAACAUGAUCUCUGAAGCUAGUAGAGACUAUUUUUGAUAAGUUUAGAGCUCCAGCUUUAUCCCAGAAGCUCUUAUCAACUGUUAUCACUAAAUUAUCAAUAUAAUCUGAUUGAUCUGAAAAUCGGAAUUUGUGGGUUUUCAGGUAUGGGGAUUCGCCCAGUGAUAAUGUUUUUGUAUGAAUAUCACUUUUAAAGGACCAUAUCACUCAAAAAAAAUUUUUUUUGAAAAAAUGUGUUUCGGGGUUUUUCGGUACGAUAAGUCAUGUGGUGCUGAUUUUUCGGCUCAAAAGUCACUUUUAAAGGCAGUGACCAUGCAAAAAUUAAUUUUUUUGAAAUUUGAAGGUUAUGUGUUUUUCAAUACGUGGAACAUCGUGGUGAGACCCAUUUGACCUAAAUAUGACUUUUAGAAGCUAUAACUUGAAAUAUGCCUUCAAAAGUCAUUUUUGAGCCAAAUUGAUGUCAGCACAUUGAUCCCCACAUCAAAAAACCAGGUUUCCAUAAAAAUAUAUUUUGGUCGGAAUGUGCCUUUAAAAGUCAUAUUUAGGUCAAAUGGGUCUCACCACGAUGUUCCACGUAUUGAAAAACACAUAACCUUCAAAUUUCAAAAAAAUUAAUUUUUGCAUGGUCACUGCCUUUAAAAGUGACUUUUGAGCCGAAAAAUCAGCACCACAUGACUUAUCGUACCGAAAAACCCCGAAACACAUUUUUUCAAAAAAAUUUUUUUUGAGUGAUAUGGUCCUUUAAAAGUGAUAUUCAUACAAAAACAUUAUCACUGGGCGAAUCCCCAUACCUGAAAACCCACAAAUUCCGAUUUUCAGAUCAAUCAGAUUAUAUUGAUAAUUUAGUGAUAACAGUUGAUAAGAGCUUCUGGGAUAAAGCUGGAGCUCUAAACUUAUCAAAAAUAGUCUCUACUAGCUUCAGAGAUCAUGUUUUCCAAGUUUCAGCCAAAUCUGAGCAUAUUGAUGAAUUAGUGAUAAGGACUGAUAAGAGCUUCUGAGAUGAAGCUGGAGCUCUAAACUUAUCAAAAUUGUCAUCUACUAUCGCCAAACAUCAUUUCCUCCAACUCCCAGCUCAAACUGAUAAUUUUGAGAUUUCACUGAUAAUCACUGAUAAGAGGUGAUACGCGUAUUUUCGUGUCAUAUCAUUAUCACCAUGAUGCUCCACGGAGCCGAAAACCCCCCCGUCCAUCAAUUUCAGAAAUUUAAAUCAAUUUCUGAAAAUUCAAAAAAAAAAAUUUCUUAGUCGAACCGAGUCGAUAAAAAGGCUAUCGACUCGACUUUAGUCGAUAGCUUAUCGACUUGGCUUAUCGACUAAACGACUUAGUCGUUAGCCGAGUCGUUUAUUUUCUCUUAUCGACUUUUAGUCGAGUCGGUCGUUAGCUAGUCGUUGACCAACUAUAGGAAGAACUCAAACUAGGCGAAUUUUUUGAAUUUGCCAAAUUUCGCAGAAUAUUCUCAAUAGAGCGCACUUGAAUAUUUUCAUUAAAAAUUGACAGAAAACGUCGAAAUCAACCAAAAUUCAUCGGAUUUUUCAACUAAUCCACAUUAUCAAUGGAGCGCACUUGAAUUUGUUCAUUAAAAAUUGACAGAAAACCUCAAAAUCAACCAAAAUUCAUCGGAUUUUUCAUUAUCAAUAGAGCGCACUUGAAAUUUCAAAUAUCGUUUCUUCCAGACGCAAUCUACGAGCUCGAAUGGCGUGACGAUUCAGCCGAUUACACCCGUCGACUUUUUCGAAUUCUUGCAGAACACAUGGGAAUCGGUUUUGUCUUUGAUCACCCACGACUUCCACGACGUGCAUUGAUGCAAUUACCCGAGUCUAGUUCAAGUUCUGAAGAUGAAGACGAUGAUAUUGUAAUUGUGGAAGAAGAUAUAAUAGUUUUACCUGUGGAAAGAGCUGCAGAACCAGUGGAACUGGAAAAAUCAAGAAACCUGGAUAGAAAUCAAACAAUCGAUAUUCUACCCUAUCAUGAAGUUAUCGAAAAUACCCAUAGAUUAUUGACGUCCACGAUUUCUAGCCAAAAAAUCGAUAAUUUGGCAGAAAAUUUGGUGCAGGAAAAGGCAUUUUUGACGUAUUGUAAAAAUCGGAGACGGUUUGCUGUUUGUCAAAUUUUGAGUGAUGGUGGUGCUGCUGGAAAAUCGAAACUGAAAAAUUCACCGUGGAAAUCGAGUUGCUGGUUUCAGGCGGAUUGUUUGGCCGAGUUCGGGGAAGAGGUUUUUGACGGAGAGCAGUUGAGGAUUUCGACGAGGAUGGCGAAGUUUGUGCUGGGGGUCAAUUUUUGGCGGAAAAUGGUGGAUUCUGAGGCUAAAUUUCAUACGGAAAAUGUGGAUUUUAGGUCGGAUUCCUGGUUUUUUGUAAAAAAUCGACUCAGAAUUGCAAAUUUUAGACUGAAAAUUGUCUGGAAAUCAAAUUUCAGUCAAUUUUCAGUUAGAAAACCCUGAAAAAUCGACCUGAAACAUGCUGAAAAUUAUCUGAAGCUCGAUUCGAAUUUCAGACAAUUUUCAGCAGUUUCAGACGUGCGGAAGCUAUGCCCAAAUUUUUUUCAAGGAUGAAAAUUCAAUUUGGAGUCACCUAACAGUCUGAAAUUCAUGAUUUUGACCUAAAAUCACAUGAAAAUCGUGUUUUUCGAUCUGAAAAUAAAAUUUCUGACGAUUUUCCGAUAGAAAACCAUAAAAAAUUCACCUGAAACAUGCUGAAAAUUGUCUGAAGCUCAAUUUGAACUUCAGACAAUUUUCAGCAGUUUCAGACGUGCAGAAGCUAUGCCCAAAUUUUUUUCAACGCUGAAAAUUUCUGAAAUUCAUGAUUUUGACCUAAAAUCCCCUGAAAAUCCAAAUUUUCAUAUGAAAAUUGUCUGAAAAUCAAAUUUCAGACGAUUUUCCGAUAGAAAACACUCAAAAAGUCACCUGAAACAUGCUGAAAAUUAUCUGAAACUCGCUUCGAUCUUCAGACAAUUUUCAGCAGUUUCAGACGUGCGGAAGAUAUGCCCAAAUUUUUUUCAAGCCUGAAGAAAGCUAAAAAUGUCUGAAAUUUAUGAUUUUGACCUAAAAUCACCUGAAAAUCGUGUUUUUCAAUUUGAAAAUCAAAUUUCAGACGAUUUUCAGAUAGAAAACCAUAAAAACCUCACCUGAAACAUGCUGAAAAUUAUCUGAAGCUAGUUUCGAACUUCAGACAAUUUUCAGCAGUUUCAGACGUGCGGAAGCUAUGCCCAUUUUUUUUUCAGGGUUGCGAAAAGCUGAAAAUUCAAUUUUUAACAGUUUCAGAAGUCUGAAAUUCGUGAUUUUGACCUAGAAUCACCUGAAAAUCCAGAUUUUUUAUAUGAAGAUUGAAAACCCUAUAGAAAACCAUCAAAAAUUCACCUGAAACAUGCUGAAAAUUGUCUGAAGCUCAAUUCGACUUUCAGAUAAUUUUUAGCAGUUUCAGACGUGCGGAAGCUAUGUCCAAAUUUUUUUCAGGGAUGAAAAAGCUGAAAAUUCAUUUUUUAACAGUUUCAGAAGUCUGGAAUUCAUGAUAUUUACCUAAAAUCACCUGAAAAUCGUGUUUUUCAAUCUGAAAAUCAAAUUUCAGUCAAUUUUCAGAGAGCAAACCAUCAAAAAGUCCACCUGAAACAUGCUGAAAAUUGUCUGAAACUCAAUUCGACUUUCAGACAAAUUUCAGCAGUUUCAGACGUGCGGAAGCUAUGCCCAAUUUUUUUCGGAACUGGAAAAGCUGAAAAUUUAUUUUUUAACAGUUUCAGAACUCUGGAAUUCAUGAUUUUGACCUAAAAUCACCUGAAAACCUUGUUUUUCAAUCUGAAAAUCAAAUUUCAGUCAAUUUUCCGAUAGAAAACCAUAAAAAAUUCACCUGAAACAUGCUGAAAAUUGUCUGAAGCUCAAUUUGAACUUCAGACAAUUUUCAGCAGUUUCAGACGUGCAGAAGCUAUGCCCAAAUUUUUUUCAACGCUGAAAAUUUCUGAAAUUCAUGAUUUUGACCUAAAAUCCCCUGAAAAUCCAAAUUUUCAUAUGAAAAUUGUCUGAAAAUCAAAUUUCAGACGAUUUUCCGAUAGAAAACACUCAAAAAGUCACCUGAAACAUGCUGAAAAUUAUCUGAAACUCGCUUCGAUCUUCAGACAAUUUUCAGCAGUUUCAGACGUGCGGAAGAUAUGCCCAAAUUUUUUUCAAGCCUGAAGAAAGCUAAAAAUGUCUGAAAUUUAUGAUUUUGACCUAAAAUCACCUGAAAAUCGUGUUUUUCAAUUUGAAAAUCAAAUUUCAGACGAUUUUCAGAUAGAAAACCAUAAAAACCUCACCUGAAACAUGCUGAAAAUUAUCUGAAGCUAGUUUCGAACUUCAGACAAUUUUCAGCAGUUUCAGACGUGCGGAAGCUAUGCCCAUUUUUUUUUCAGGGUUGCGAAAAGCUGAAAAUUCAAUUUUUAACAGUUUCAGAAGUCUGAAAUUCGUGAUUUUGACCUAGAAUCACCUGAAAAUCCAGAUUUUUUAUAUGAAGAUUGAAAACCCUAUAGAAAACCAUCAAAAAUUCACCUGAAACAUGCUGAAAAUUGUCUGAAGCUCAAUUCGACUUUCAGAUAAUUUUUAGCAGUUUCAGACGUGCGGAAGCUAUGUCCAAAUUUUUUUCAGGGAUGAAAAAGCUGAAAAUUCAUUUUUUAACAGUUUCAGAAGUCUGGAAUUCAUGAUAUUUACCUAAAAUCACCUGAAAAUCGUGUUUUUCAAUCUGAAAAUCAAAUUUCAGUCAAUUUUCAGAGAGCAAACCAUCAAAAAGUCCACCUGAAACAUGCUGAAAAUUGUCUGAAACUCAAUUCGACUUUCAGACAAAUUUCAGCAGUUUCAGACGUGCGGAAGCUAUGCCCAAUUUUUUUCGGAACUGGAAAAGCUGAAAAUUUAUUUUUUAACAGUUUCAGAACUCUGGAAUUCAUGAUUUUGACCUAAAAUCACCUGAAAACCUUGUUUUUCAAUCUGAAAAUCAAAUUUCAGUCAAUUUUCCGAUAAAAAACCACCGAAAAUUAACCUGAAACAUGCUGAAAAUUGUCUUAAGCUCAAUUCGACUUUCAGACAAUUUUCAGCAGUUUCAGACGUGCGGAAGCUAUGCCCAAAUUUUGCUGAAAAAUUAAUUUUUAACAUUCUAUAAUCCUCUGAAAAUCUGAAAAUUUCCAGACAAUUCAAAGCGAUCGAAAUUGAAGUUUUCUGGAGUUUCACCAACGAAGAAUUGCUGAAAAUCGAUUUUUAUUUGAAUAUUUCAAAAAUUCCGCAAUCAUUUCAAGAUGCCGUGCCAAAUGUGAGUUUUUUCUAGAAAUUUGGAUGCAUUGCUCAUAUUAAUCUCUUUCAGCUCUCAAAACUGUGUCAAUCUCAAAUCCCUUCAAAACUCAAUGAAUUUUUGCGGGCCUCCAGAAAACCCGUGAAAUUCUGGACAUUCUCACAAGAUCUCACAAAAGCCUCGGAAAUCGACUCGAAUUAUCAGCCAUUUUUUGUGGAGCUCGAAAAAUGCACAAAAUCGUGGGAAAAUGCGGAGAAUUGGGAUAUUCGAGAGGAUUUGUUGAAGUGUCGAUUGAUGAAAUAUCAGAGGAAAACUAUCAAAUGGAUGAUUGAUCGAGAAAUUCGACAGAAUCGCAUCGAUUCGUUUGAUUGUUUUGAGUGUAUUGAGUGAGGAUUUGGGUGGGCUUUGAGGGGCCGGAAAUUGCGAUUUUUGAGCCUAAAUUGGCUUUGGAAUUUUCGGACCUUUCAGGCUUUUUGGGGCCCGAAAAUUGAGAUUUUUGAGCUUGAAUUGGUCUUGGAAUUUUCGGACCUUUCAGGCUUUUUGGGGCCCGAAAAUUGGGAUUUUUUGAGCCUAAAUUGGCCUUAGAAAGUUCUGGAUUUUUACACAUAUUUUCGGACCUUUCAGGUUUUUUUUGGUCCCGAAAUUUGCAAUGUUUUGAGCCUAAAUAUGCCUUGGAAAAUCCAGAAUUUUUUACACCCAUUUUCGGACAUUCCAGGUUUUAUUGGGUCCAAACAUUGGGGGUAUUCAGCCUAAAUUGGCUUGGUUUUUUGAAAAUUGAGGCAUUGCUCAUGUUAUUCAAAAUUGAUCCAAUUUUUUUGGACAAAAAUUCAUUUUUCACGUGAACUUUUAUUUUUUAUUUUUUAUUCUGAUAACAAAAACGUGAACAAUUUUGAAUUUUAUUUUAUUUUCAAAAAUUAGAUUUGUUAGAAAUUGCAGAAAAUUUGUGAGUUUUCAGAUAUUUUUCAGAAGACUACAGUACCCCAAGCGAAUUAAAAAUUCAAUUUUUUUCCAGAUUUCCUCCACAUCUUCCGAACCCCGAAAAUUCGACAAAUGUCUAUUAUUUUCCAUUUUUCGGCCUUUUCGCUCAAUCCAAAUUAAUUACACCAGUUUUUAAUAAAGGUAGGAAAACCCUGAGUUUUUCGUUCCAAAAAAUCUGAAAUUAAUUUCAGGUGGAAUUUUGGCGGAUGAAAUGGGAUUGGGUAAAACGAUCGAAAUGUUGGCUUUGAUUACCACAAAUCGAAAAGGUCAAAAUGUGUUCACGUUGAGCGAAGAAUUGGAAAAAGCUGAGGAGAGAAGGUGAAUUGCGUCAAUGAGAGGGUUGCUGACGCGUUUUUUGUAGAUAUUGAGAGAAAAUGCGAAAUUUUGAUACCAAAUAUGACGAAAUUCGGGUUGCUGACGCGUUUUUGGUGCAUUGCUCAUAUUAAAAUUUUCCAAGAUGUUAUACAAUCCACAAAAAAUGCGUCAGCAUCCAAAUUUCGACUCCUACCAAAAAUGCGUCAGCAAAUAUCUUUGCUGACGCAUUUUUGGUGCAUUGCUCAUAUUAAUCAUGCAAUUUUUCCAGCCCUUCUCCAGUUUCGCGCCCAAAAAUCGUCAGCGAAGACGAUUUGACUCGAAAUCGCUUCAACUGGAACGAAUAUGUGAGUUUCAGCGCGAUUUUCAGCAUUUUCUAGCUGAAAAUCAGAAAAAACUUGAAUUUUUUCCAGAAUUCCGCCAAAAAAGUUGACAAAUCCAAUGGAUCCGCCGUCGUUUUUACAGUAACCGACGAAAAUUUGAGAAAAAUGGUGGGUUUCUAGAAAAUUCCAGAAAAAAAUCUGAAAUUUUCAUUUUUCAGCCCGCUGAAAAUUUUGCAAAUUGUUCGAUAUGUGAAGAGCACUGCGUUUUGGCGAAAUGUGGAUGGAAAAAGGAAUUUGAAGGCAGAUUUUUGUGCCCGCAAUGUAUGGCAAAAGAGGUGAGACUAAUAUGAGCAAUUGGGUGAAAAUUUGCGAAAUUUUGAUACUAAAUGAGGCUAAUAUGAGCAAUCCUUUGAAAAUUGAUGAAAAUCAAGUUAACCUGAGCAAAUCUUUGAAAAUCUGAAGCAUUUUGAUACUAAAUGAGGCUAAAAUGAGUAGUCCUUUGAAAAUUGAUGAGAAUGAGGUUAACCUGAGCAAUGCUCGGCAUAUCUGAAGCAUUUUGAUACUAAAUAAGGCUAAUAUGAGCAAUCUAUUAGAAAUUGGAAUGAAAAUAGGUUAACCUGAGCAAUCCUUUGACAAAAAAAAGAAAAAUUACUAUCCUGAGUAAUGCUUUUGGAGUUCGAAGAAAGCUGAAUUCUGAGAGCCAGCAAAUUUUACUGGAUUAUUUUUUGUAACCUGAGCAAUGCCAAAAAAUCGAUAUUUUUCCAGCCACUUUUGGAAGUCAAAACAACACUUAUAGUUCUACCAGAAUCGCUGGUUUUACAAUGGUUUGAUGAAAUUUCGAGACAUUGUUCGGAGAAACUUAAAGUUAUGGUAAAUUGACAUUUUUGGGAUGAUUUUGGUUCAAAAAACUGGGAUUUUUGACCUGAAAUUGAAAAUUUUGCAGUUUUACUUUGGACUCAACAAAAAUGGCUACCUACACCCACAAGAAAUUGCGAAAUUCGAUGUGGUUUUGACAACUUAUGACACGUUGAGAAAUGAGUUGGAUUUUGCGAAUUAUCAGAAUACAAGUCGUAAGUUUUUGACUGAAAAUCUGAAAUUUUCAACCGAAUUUCGAUAUUUCAGAAUCUCGUCUUCGGCACGGCCAAAAAUCGCACAAAUUCUCGCCAACUUCUAUCACACACGUUCAUUGGUGGAGGGUGAGCAAUUUUGCAAUUUGGGGAAUGGUUUUCUGAGCAUUUUGAACCUGAAUAUUACUAUAUUUAGGCUCCGCCCCUUUUUGCAAUUUGCGGCACGGUUUUCUCAACAUUUUGAGACCUAAUAUGACUUGAUUUAGGCCACGCCCCUUUUGCAAUUUGCGGCAUGGUUUUCUGAGCAUUUUGACACUAAAUAUGAUUUUAUUUAGGCUCCGCCCAUUUUUGCAAUUUGCGGCACGGUUUUCUGAGCAUUUUGACACUAAAUAUGAUUUGAUUUAGGUUCCGCCCCUUUUUUUGCAAUUUGCGGCACGGUUUUCUGAGAUUUUUGCCACAAAAAAUGAAAAAAUUUGCAAAACUUAAGCCCCGCCCCUUUCUGCAAUUCUGCCGCACAGUUUUCCCGCCUCUAAUUCUCAUAUUUCCAGCUGGUAGCCGAUGAAUCUCAAUUGGUCGAAGGUUCAGCUCGUCGUGCUCCCCAAAUGUGCACACUCAUCACAUCUCAACAUCGUUGGUGUCUAACCGGAACCCCAAUUGUCAAAAAUGUCGCCGAUCUACACGGCCUUUUCCGUUUCAUCAAUUUUUGGCCGUUCAAUGUCGAACAGUUUUGGAAGGAAUGUGUGAUGGCUGGUGAGGAGAGCUUCAAAAUGAGCCCGAAUGAGGCUAGGGCACAGAUUAAUGGGCGGAGCUUGUUUGGUUUCAUUUUGAAGGGUUUUUCACGACCUACAAAAUGACCCCCACUUUUUUUUCCAGAAUAUAUCGAUUUUUCGCGUCAAAAUCUGGAUUUAUCCCAAACUUGGCUUCUCAAAUUUGCCGGUCAAUUAAUGCGAAGAAAUUCGAAGAAAAUGGUCGAAUCCGAAAUUCGUCUCCCCAAAUUGAUUGAAAUCGAAAAACGCCUCAAAUUCUCGCAAAUCGAAGAACGACAAUACAAAGAGGAAUUAGAGAAAGUCAAAGAGUUGGUCGAAAAAUCGAUACCGCGCCACGUGGCAAAUGAUGUGAUGUUGAGUACGAUGGCUGGAAGAGAAAGGACAUUGAUGGCGUUGGGAAAAUUGAGAGAGACACUGGUUUCGUGUGGGUUUUUGAGUGGGGUUUGAGAUUUUUGAGCCUAUUGCUCAUGUUAUAUUUUUUGUGCCAUGUCGAAAAUACGUUUCUCAAUUAAAAAAUUGAAAAAAUUAGAAUGAUGAAAUAAAACCUCCCAACAAGAAAAAUUUUCCAAUUUUCUAAUUUUCGGAAAAUUUUGAAACGUAUUUUUGACGGGCACAUUUUUUCUCAAAAACAAAAUUCCCAAAUGUUUGUAUAACAUGAGCAAUGCAAAUAUUCACUAUUGCUCAUGUUAACGAGCAUAUCUGUGACGUUCCGAAUUUCAGGUGAAAUCUAGAAUCUCAAAAGUUACAAUUGGGGACAGUUUAAAACUAGAGUCUAGUUUUGAAUUGUCCGCAAAAAUCCACGUCAUAGAUAUGCUUUUUAACAUGAGUAAUAGUGACUAUUUGCAUUGCUCAUGUUACUUACAAAAAUACGAAAGCAUGGGAAUUUUGUUUUUGAGAAAAGUGAAGAGCAUUGCUCAUAUUAUAGAACUUUUUGGGAUUCUAGAUUUCACCUGAAUUUUUCCACGUCAUUAGCUCGAUUUUUAACAUAAGCAAUAGUGAGUAUGUGCAUUGCUCAUGUUAUACAAAAAUACGAAAAUAUGGGAAUUUUGUUUUUGUGAAAAAUUUGUGUCUGUCGAAAAUACGUUUCAAAAUUUUCCACAAUUAAAAAAUUGAAAAAAUUAGAUUGAUGAAAUAAAACCUCCCAACAAGAAACAUUUUUCAAUUUUCUAAUUUUGCAAAAUUUUGAAACGUAUUUUCGACGGGCACAUUUUUUCUCAAAAACAAAGCUCCCAUAUUUUCGCAUAACAUGAGCAAUGCAAAUAUUCACUGUUGCUCAUGUUAACGAGCACAUCUGUGACGUGGCACAAUUUCAGGUGAAAUCUGGAAUCCCAAAAAGUUCUAUAAUAUGAGCAAUGCUCUACAUUCUUCGCAAAAAACAGUAUUGCUCAUGUUAAAGAGCAUAAAGAGCACGUUUUAAAUUGUCCCCAGAAAUCCACGUCAUAGAUAUGAUUUUUAACAUGAGUAAUAGUGAACAUUUGCAUUGCUCAUGUUUUACGAAAAUUUGGGAGUUUUGAGCAUUGCUCAUGUUAGACCUCUUGCUCAAACAAUCCCCUCAAGCCACGUCCCUUUUCUGCAACCACCGCACACUUUUUUUGCAGGCGGUGAACACGUGAACUUCCACAAACAAAAAAACAUGUAUGAACAAGUGAUAUUUGGACCCGAAACUGUGAUGCUCCGCCUAAUUCGAGCCAAGAAAAAUCAAAUUGAGGAAUGUUUGCGAGCCGGAAUCAGCUCGCUGUUUGCCGAAGCUGGAACAUAUUGGUGUUAUGAGAAUUUGCAGGAAGUUGAGCAGAUUUAUGAGAAAGUUGUGGCGGUUAUGGAGGUAAUUUGAGGGAUUUUUGAGCUGAAAAUUGGGAUUUUUGGAUGAAAUUCUUGAAAAGUGAUGGAUUUUGACCUGAAAAUCGGGAUUUUUGGAUAAUUUUGAGCUGAAAUUCAUUGAAAAUGAUGAAUUUUGAGCCAAAAAUCGAGAUUUUUGGAUAAUUAUGAGCUGAAAUUCAUUGAAAUUAAUUUUUUUUGCAGAAAAUCGAAGAGCACAAUCAGAAUUUCAACAAUAUCAUGAAACUCGAAUUUGAGAAUUUCGAUGAGGAUAAUUCCGAUGAUGAUUAUGGAGAAAAUGAUGAAGAUGAUCCGAAUUUCAAAGAGGUACGGUCAUUUUUUUUGCCACGUCAUAGCAGCCUGAAAAUCUGGAAUUACAGACAAUUUUGUCUGAAAAAUGGAAUUGUUAGACAUAAAAUUUGUGAAAAUUCAUGAAUUUUGAGAGAUUUUAACGAUUUUCAGCUCAAAUUAGCAUGAAAUCUUGAAAAAUUUGAAUUUUUUAUGAAAUUUUGAGCUGGAAUGACUGAAAAUUCAAAUGUUAUUAUCUGAAAUUAAUUCCAGAAGCCGCGAAAUCGAGCCAAGAGAAAACGAUGUGCCAGAAGGAUUUUGGUGAAAAGUAAGCCCCAGAAAUUUUCGCUUCAAAAAUCUGUAUCCUUUUCCAGAUGAGCUCAAAGAGCUAUCGAAUUUGAGAAAAGUUGUCACACCGGCUCCGGGAGCAAAACACAAAAUCGCAGAGGAAAAUCAAGAAGCAGCACCGGGAAGUGAAGAAAAAAUGCCGAGAAUUGAGGGAAAUCAAGAAGAAGAUGCGGUGGAAAUUGAGGAUGAUGAUGAGAAAGGUGAGGAAAAAUGGGCCUUGGGCCUGGAGCAUGGAAAAAUGGGCGGUGCUUGAAAAGAGCAUCAAAAUGAGCCUGAAUAUGCCUAGGGCACAAAUAAAUGGGCGGAGCUUGGGAAGAGCUCCAGAAUGAGCCUGAAUAUGCCUAGGGCACAGAAAAGUGGGCGUGGCUUAUUUGGUAUCGUUUUGUAGCCCUCUCCAAGUCCUACAAAAUGACCCCAUUUUCAAACCACGCCCACUUUUCCGUGCCGCAAAAUUGCUUUCUUCAGAAAAAGUGGCAGCUCAAAGAAAAGCUGAAAAAAAUCGAUUGGAUAUGGAGCGAAGAGCGAUGCGACCAAUUCGACUCGAUUGCACAAUGAUUGCACAUUUUGUCAUGUAGGUUUUGGCUGAAAAUCUGGAAUUUUUAGCCUAUUUUUGCCCCUAGAAACUGAAAAUUUGACCCAAAACUCUGUAUUUUUCUAGGAACACUCAACAAUUGUCUGAAAAACCUGAAAUGGCUGAAAAAGUGAAGAUUCUUUGGGAUAAAUUGGGCGGAAAAGAGGCGAUUUUGAAGAAUUAUAAUGCGGUUAUCAAAAGAUAUGCGAAAGUUGAGGUAUGUUGGUUUUUUGUGGGUGGAAAAUGACCUAACAAUGAUUAUUUUGCUCGAAAAAUGCUCCAUUGCUCAGGUUAGAGAUGAAAAUUCUGAAUUUCACACGCUUUUUGACAUUGCUCAUGGUAAUUUCAUGAUCUUCUUGAAAUUUGGAAUUUUUCAAAUCAAAAUAGCCUAUUUACAACAGAUUGCUCAGGUUAAAGUUGUAAAUUUUGAAAAAUUUUGAAUUUUGCGUUAAAUUUCUGAACUUCUUGAAAUUUGGAAUUUUUCAAACAAAAUAAGCUUAUUUUCCAAGGGAUUGCUCAGAUUAGAGUUGAAAAUUUGAAAAAAAAAUCUGAAUUUUCCACGUUUUUAGACAUUGCUCAUGUUAAAUUCAUGAUCUUCUUGAAAUUUGACAUUUUUCAAAUUAAAUGAGCUUAUUUUCAAGUGAUUUCUCAGAUUAGAGUUGAAAAUUUGAAAAAAAUUGAAUUUUGCAUGUUUUUAGGCAUUGCUCAUGUUAAAUUCAUGUUCUUCUUGAAAUUUGGAAUUUUCCAACCAAAUGAGCUUAUUUUCAAGUGAUUGCUCAGGUUAGAGUAGAAAAUUUGAAAAAAUAUGGAUUUUGCAUGUUUUUAGGCAUUGCUCAUGUUAAAUUCACGAUCUUCUUGAAAUUUGAAAUUUUUCCAACCAAAUAAGCUUAUUUUCAAAUGAUUGCUCAGAUUAGAGUUGAGAAUUUGAAAAAAAUUUGAAUUUUGCAUGUUUUUAGGCAUUGCUCAUGUUAAAUUUUUUGAUCUUUCUUGAAAUUUUGAAUUUUUCAAGUCAAAUGAGCCCAUUUCCAAUAUAUUGCUCAAGUUACAGUUGAAAUUUUUUUUUAAAUCUGGAUUUUGCAUGUUUUCAAACAUUGCUCAUGUUAAGAUUUUUGAAGCGCUAAAAUUAACAUGAGCAAUGCUUCAGAAAGGCUGAAAUUACCUGUUUUUGGUCUAAAAACGGCCUGAAUUUAGGCCUGGUUUUCUGGGAUAAAAUUGGCCUGAAUUUAGGCUGUGCUAAGACCAAAAUGACCUAAGUCUGGGCCCAAAAUUUGACUUUCAAAAGCCUGAGCCCAUUUUUUUGCAGCACGCUGGCCUUCACCUAAUCCAACAAGAAUAUCACACGUGGCAACAGGAAUUCGGUGAAAAUCGCAACGAUUUGAAUGGAAUUCACGAUUGGAUAGCCGAAGUCAAAUAUAUCUAUCUCCAUCAAGACAAAUCCCUUCAAUACAAUUUGGUCGAUAAAGUAAUCGUGUCCACAAAAUUGGGCCCAAUUAUCAGUGAAAUGGCCUAUUGGCCAAUGUUUGUCAACUGGAAACAACACAUUUUGGAUUCGGUGGAACCGGAGAAAAAAGAGGAGGAGGAGCCGAAAAUUGAGAAAAGAAGUGAUAAGAAGGGGUGAGGUUUUGGGCUUUUUUAGGCUUUGAAGUGGGAUUUGGGACCUGAAAAUUGGGCUUCUUUUGAGCCUAGAAUUGGGGACUUUUGGUCCCUAAUUAGGCCUUGAAAUUGGGCUUUUCAAGGCUUAGAAGUGGGAUUUUGGACUUGAAAAUUAGGUAUCUUUUGAGUCUAAAUUUUAGGGCUUUUAGUCCUUAAUUAGGCCUCGAAAUUGGGCUUAUUUCAAGCCUAGAAACCUUGAUUUUGGCCCAGAAUUUGGGCUUUUUCUAGGUUCGAAAAAAUGAGUUUAAAAAACCCAUGAAAAUUACGUUUCAAAAUUUUGUUAAUUGAAAAAUAUUGAAAAUUGAGUUGAUUGAUUCACGUGAACUAUAUCAAUAUAAAAAAACUUUUUCGGGACUGAAAAUUGGGCUUUUUUCAAGCCUAAAAUUGAGAAAUUUCGGUCCUUACAUUAGGCUUUUUUUAAGCCUAUAAACCUUGAUUUUGGCCCAGAAUGUGGGCUUUUUCAGGCUCGAAAAAAAAAUGAGUUCAAAAAACCCAUGAAAAUUACGUUUCAAAAAUUUGUUAAUAGAAAAAUAUUGAAAAUUGAGUUGAUUGAUUCACGUGAACUAUAUCAAUAUAAAAAAACUUUUUCGGGACUGAAAAUUGGGCUUUUUUCAAGCCUAAAAUUGAGAAAUUUCGGUCCUUACAUUAGGCUUUUUUUAAGCCUAGAAACAUUGAUUCUGGCCCGGAAUCUGGCUUUUUCUAGGUUCGAAAAAAUGAGUUCAAAAAACCCAUGAAAAUUAUGUUUCAAAAAUUUGUUAAUAGAAAAAUAUUGAAAAUUGAGUUGAUUGAUUCACGUGAACUAUAUCAAUAUAAAAAUUCUUGGAAUAACUGUGCCAGAGCUGCAGAAAAGGGGGCGGAGCUUUAAAAAUUAUAUUUUUCUUCAAAAAAUUUGAUGAUUUUAGAGUUUAAUUUCAGGUCGGAAAUACAAAACUCCCCAUUUUUUUUUCAAAAAUUUCAAUUUUUCCAGUCCUCGCCGAAAACCGCACGACAAAUUUAGAACUUCUUUGGACAUUAAAUUAGGCUUUUUUGAGCCUAAAAUUUGAGACUUUUGGACCUGAAAAUCGGGCUUCUUUUGAUCCUAAAUGUUAGGACUUUUUGGUCCUUUAUUAGGCCCUGAAAUUGGGCUUUUUUCAAGCCUAUAAACCUUGAUUUUGGCCCAGAGUUUGGGCUUUUUUAGACUGGAAAAAAAUGAGUUCAAAAAACCCAUGAAAAUUACGUUUCAAAAAUUUGUUAAUAGAAAAAUAUUGAAAAUUGAGUUGAUUGAUUCACGUGAACUAUAUCAAUAUAAAAAAAAAACUUUUUCGGGCCUGAAAAUUGGGCUUUUUUCAAGCCUAAAAUUGAGAAAUUUCGGUCCUUACAUUAGGCUUUUUUUAAGCCUAGAAACCUUGAUUUUGGCCCGGAAUCUGGGCUUUUUCAGGCUCGAAAAAAAAUGAGUUCAAAAAACCCAUGAAAAUUACGUUUCAAAAAUUUUUUAAAGGGGUUGUCCUUCUACGUCGAAAAUCAAGUCCGCAAUAGUGCGUCACUUUUUAAAACUAUUUAUAAGCAAGCCUAAAUUUGAUUAAAAUCACUUUACAUAGUUUAAAAAUGUUAGGAAAUACGUUUCGCAAGAAAUACACACAAAUAAAUGAUGUGUGUGAAGAGCACACAUGCUUUUUAUAUACACUAAAACCUUAAAACCCAACAAAAACAUGAAUAAAAUGGUGAAAACUCGCUCUAAAAUCAAAAUAAAAUAUGGAAUGUUUCAGGAGCACUUUAGCUCUAUCGAAUGAACCUAAGUUUCCCUGUAGCAGGACAACCCCUUUAAUAGAAAAAUAUUGAAAAUUGAGUUGAUUGAUUCACGUGAACUAUAUCAAUAUAAAAUUUCUUGGAAAAAGUGUGCCAGAGCUGCAGAGAAAGGCUUAUUAAAUUAGGCUUCUUUUGAGCCUAAAAUUUGAGACUUUUGGACCUGAAAAUUGGGCUUCUUUUGAGUCUAGAUUUUAGGGAUUUUCGUCUUUAGAUAAAGCCUUAAAAUCGGGCUUUUUUCAAGCCUGAAUGUUAGCACUUUUGGUCCUUAAUUAGGCCUUGAAAUUGGGCUUCUUUUGAGCCUAGAAACCUUGAUUCCGGCCCAGAAUCUGGGCUUUUUUAGACUGGAAAAAAUGAGUCCAAAAACCCAUGAAAAUUACGUUUCAAAAAUUUGUUAAUAGAAAAAUAUUGAAAAUUGAGUUGAUUGAUUCACGUGAACUAUAUCAAUAUAAAAAUUCUUGGAAAAAUUGUGCCAGAAUUGCGGAAAAAGGGCGGAGCUUGGGAAAUUUCACUCAAAAUCAAACCCAGUUUUCACCCAGAAAAUCUCAAAAAUUCCAAUUUUUCCAGACCUCGCCGAAAACCGCACGACAAAUCUCGGUGCAUGGGUCAAUGCAUUCACACGCCAUUCGAGCAUCUGAUUGUGCCCUACGAGCGCAACACCAAUUAUCAAUUUAUCGAUCGAAUUCGCGGCAUUUUGAGCGGUAUUGAUUUUUUGAAAAAUUUGUUGCUCAAAAAUUUCUACAAUUUGAUCUAUAUGUUCAAUGGAGUGAGUUUUUGAAGGACGGGCGGGGAAAAAAUAGUGCCAGGCUUGCAGAAAAGGGGCGGGGCUUAGGAAUCGCAGAAUUUUAGUUUCAUAAUUUUAAGAAUCCCAAAAAUUCAAUAAAACUCUAGAAAAACUGUGCCAGACUUGCAGAAAAAGGGGGCGUGGCUUAGGAAUCGCAGAAUUUUAGUUUCAAAAUUUUAAGAAUCAAAGGAAUUCAAUUCAACCCUAGAAAAAAAGUGUGCCAGACUUGCAGAAAAGGGGCGGCGCUUUGAAAUCGCGGGUUUGUUAGGUUCAUAAUUUUAAGAAUCACAAAAAUUCAAUAUAACUCUAGAAAAACUGUGCCAGACUUGCAGAAAAAGGGGGCAUGGCUUAGGAAUCGCGGGUUUGUUAGGUUCAUAAUUUUAAGAAUCACAAAAAUUCAAUAUAACUCUAGAAAAACUGUGCCAGACUUGCAGAAAAGGGGCGGGGCUUCAGAAUCAUUGAACUUUAUUUUCCAAAAUUUUAUUGAAAAAAACUGCCAGGAAUUUCUCCAACAACAAAAAAUCCCAUUUUUUUUCCAGAAAUCAGUGACCGAAAUUCUGGAAUUCCAACAAUGCGGCCAAAUUCCCGAAUUUCUCUCGGACUACAACGCCGUCGUCCGCUGCAAACACUCAAUAAUCCCGAAUCCCGACUUCAAAAUCAACGUCGAAGAACAGACCCGUCUCUUCCCACCUCAUAAAUGUCUUUUGUGCCAAACUCGAUUGGUUUUGGCGAAUUUGCGAUUCGAUUUGGGUAUUGGAAGUAUUCAUGGAGAGACGAAAUAUGGAAAUGGACCGCUCGCAAAAUUUAUCAGCUUGGUUAUGAGUUUUGAGAAGAGAUCUGAUGCCAGUUUGCAACAUUUGAAACAUAUUGCGUGAGUUUUUUUGGGGAUUGCUCAGGUUAAACUCAAAAAAAUCUGAAUUUUUUGAAUUUUUGAAUGUCUUACCUUUGAUCAGGCUCUAAAAUGAGCAAUGGGUUCAAAAUCUUGAAUUUCGAGCUCGGAAAUUCCAAUUUUACCUCAAAAAACAUGGAGAAAAGCCAGUUUUAUUUUUUUUUUUGGAAAUUUCGCUUAACCUUUGCAAUGGUUCAACUGAAAAAUUAGAUGGAUUGCUCAGGUUAAGCGAAUUUUUCAAAUAUAUUAUUCAUUUCAAAGCAUUGCUCAUAUUAGGCUCCAAAAACUUCUGGAGUUUGUAAGGUAAAAUUGAAAAUGCAUAAAAUUAACAUGAGCAAUAAUCCUAAAUGAAUAAUGAGCUAGUUUUCUUAAAAAUUUUGUUUACUUGAGCAAUGAAUUUUUGUGAAUUUUAACAUUAGCAAUAACAAAUAAUACGCAUUGCUCAUGUUAUACUCAAAUAUGCCAAAACUAGCUGUUUUCCCCUCCAAAAAUCUCGAAUUUCAUAGUUUAACAUGAGCAAUACAUAGAAACCAUGCAUUGCUCAUUUUAUACUCGAAUUUGUGAUUUUCUAGCUCAAAAAUCUCCAAUUCGGAGCAUUGCUCAGGUCAAGUUUCAAUUGUGAAAAAUUGUAUAUCAUUGUCAUAUUAAACUCGUGGGUUUUUGAGGUGAAAUUGAAAUUUCAAUUCAAAUCGGCCCAAAAUAGCUCAUUUUUCACCAAAAAUCUCGAAUUUUAUAGUUUAACAUGAGCAAUACAUAGAAACCAUGCAUUGCUCAUGUUAUACUUGAAAUUUUUGAUUUUCCAGCUCCAAAAAAUGUGUUUUACUACCAAAAAUCUUGAUUUUUAUUUCAGCACUUUAACAUGAGCAAUAGAAAUCACGUCUUGCUCAUUUUACAGGGUGCGCGCGAAAUAUGUGUGCAUGCGAAAAUUUCACAUACAGUGUUAGUAAUAUUGGCACACGUAGUAAAUUUGAGUAUGGAUUGUUCAAAACUAGUCACAAGUAUCCGAGAAACACCAUUUACAAGAAUUCAAGUCAAUCUCUUGACUUAAAAUAUAAUCCGGUUUGAAUGAAGUCAGAAGAGAAAUUGUGAAAAUGAGAAAAUCUGAACGCGACUCUGCCUAUUUUUCGGAUAAUGAUUUUGACCAUUUAGAACUCGAGUUUCGUAAAAGUUAUUUAAAUAUGAUUUCGUAUGAUGUCUUUAGAUAUCAUUGGCUUACUUUAUUUAAAUUCAUAGAGUUCAUUAUACCGUUUUAAGAACGAGCAGGCCUAAAACAAAAUUCCACUCGAGGAAUCGGCGAAAUCUGAAUUCAAUCUGAGAAACAAGCUCUAGAGCACUUAAAAGUCAAUAAUUCAUCGUGAUUAUGACUGAAUUAUGAUAAUAUGUUCAUAUUACUGCAGUUUGAUAGAAAUAUUGGUUAUACAAACAUUACUUUCGACAAUAAUUGAUUUUUGUCUCUUUUUGGGAAAUUUUUUUUUGAAAACUUCUUUUUUGUAGGUUGCAUUAAACACCAUUUUUAGAGAGUUUUGUGGAACCAGAUAUGGAUUUCUGUUAUAAACACUAUCAGGGAAGGUAAAAUAAAGGUUUUUUGCUGAUCACUUCAAUUAAUCGUGAAAAUUUAGACUUUGAAACAGUCUUGUGAACUUGAAAAUAGCCGCGUUCAUACCACACUCAUUCUAAAACCAUACCCCAAAGGAAAUUAUGUGACUUGAUCUAGGUAUACAAAAUCGGCUUUGGAUUUUUUAUUAUGAUCAGUUUGGCUAUCUUGAGACCAAAUCUCAGCGUGAUCAGGAACGUUCUGGCUUUAUUAUGGCCAAAAGUUCAUGCACACAUAUUUCGCGCGCACCCUGUAUACUUGAAAUGUUUGAUUUUCUAGCUCAAAAAUCUCAAAAUUUCCCAAAUUUUGCAGCACCUUCAAAGCAUUUCUCGAUCGUCUUCGUCGUUUCAUUCAAUAUUGUGAAUCAUCGUGUGUCGUCAUCCAAGAGUACUGUAAUCGAUUGAAUGAGUUGGAAUAUGCGCAACAACGUGUCAAUAUUCUACAAUUGCGCAACUCCUUCAAACAAUGGUAUAAUACACCGCUAAUGGAGUUGAGAGAUGUGAGCAUUUCCAGCUUUUUCGCCGUAAAAUUUGGGUCCGGGGACUAGAAAUCAAAUUUCAAAAUUUGGAAUUUCAAAAUUUGGAUUUCUAGGCCACCAACACAUUUUUUAAUUUUCAAAUUUUUUUUUUGCAGAAAGUCGUCAACGCGUAUCAUCAGGAUUUUGUGGCGAAAGAAGCGAGAGUUAUCACGGCAUGUCAGGAGUUACGAUAUCUCGCAUUUUUAUAUGAUAAAGAGAAAAGAGGAACGUGAGUAGUUUUUUUGGGCUGAAAAUUCGGGAAAAUCUGGAAAUUUUGAGCUAGAUUUUGUGGGAAAUUAUGAAAAGGCAUUGCUCAGGUUAACUUUUUUGUGAAAAAAAAUGAAAGGCAUUGCUCAUACUAGUAAUUUUCCAUUGAAUUUCAGGAACAUUGCUCAGAUUUACUUUUUAAACUUUUCCUAGAAAACUAUGAAAAAAUCGAUUUUUCAGCUCUUAUCCAUUGAAAAAUCUGAAAAUCCCUCCAAAAAAAAUUUUAAUUUCAGUUCCGACGGAGAUGACAAUAUUUGUCUGGUUUGUGGUACAAAUAUGGAAAGUAUGGUUGUUUAUCCAUGCGGACAUCGACUUUGUGAGGAUUGUUAUCGAGAAAUUCAGAAAAUGCUGUGAGUUUUGAGUUCGCCGCCCGAAAACUCGAAAAUUCGGGAAUUUUGACCCGAAAUUCGUAUGGAGUUAGGAAAAACUUCUAGACUGUAAAUUUGUGCUGAAAAUUUGAAAAUCUUGAAAAAUGUAUAAUUUUCAAUGUGAUUUUUGACUGGAAAUUUAGAAAAUUCAGGAAUUGCUCAGAAAUUACAAAAAAAAAUCAAAAUUUGUAGGUUUUUGAAUUGAACUGAAUUUUUUUAGCAAAUUUAAUGCUGAAAAUUUUGAAAUCUUUAAAAAAUGAAUAAUGUUCAAUGUGAUUUUUGAUUUUUUGGAAAUUUAGAAAAUUCAGAAAUUUUGACCCGAAUUUCAUAUAAAGUAAGAAAUUGCUCAGAAAUUACAAGAAAAUUUUUUAUAAAAAAUUUCUAGACUGUAAUUUUGUGCUGAAAAUUUAAAAAAUUCAGGAGUUGCUCAGAAAUUUUUUAGGUUUUUGAAUUGAAUUGAAUUUUUUUCAGAACAUUUUCUGCUGAAAAUUUAAAAAUCUUAAAAAUUGUAUAAUUUUCAAUGUGAUUUUUGACUAAAAUCCCCCCGCAAUUUUCAGAGAUCGAGAAAAUCAGCGACUCGCCGCGUUAGCUCGCUACAACGAGAAUCGCAAUCAAAUCGAAUGUGUCACGUGUCGCCGCAAAUUCAAUCCGCGACAAUUAAUGGUCGCACGAGCCGCGUCGGACGCGAAAAAUCGCGAAAAUCUUGCGAUUCCCGGAAUCACUUUGGCUGUGAAAUUGGAGCAAACCAUUCGAAUUUGCAAGCAAAUUAUCCAAGAAAAAUUCGCAAAAUAA